AUGGCAAGAGUGAGAGGAGGAAAACAUAUCAAGGCAGACGACGAAGGAGAGAGAAUCCGAGAGAAAGGAAAAAGUUCGGAAUCUGAUGCGGAUUAUGAAGAAGAAGACGAUUAUGUGGAAGAAGACGACGAAGACUUUGAAGUUUUUGAGACUGAUGGGUUUAUUGUCGACUACGCUGAAAAUGAAGAAGAUGAUACAGACGAAGAAAGUCGAAAACAAGCACAACAGAAGAAAAAGAGGAAAUCAUCGAAAACCAUUGUUCUUGAUGAUGAGGAUCUUGAGUUAAUUCGUGAGAACAAGAGCGUCAAUCCGGAAAUAUUGAGAGAUGGAAAAAUGAAGAGGCUUAGGAAGGCAGGGUUAGACUCUGAGUUUAUGGAAUAUUCUUCCGAUGACGGAGGAUCAUUCUUUGAUGAUAUUGCUGAAGAUGAGUCUAACCAGGAUGACAUGGCAGAUUUUAUAGUGGAUGAAGAGGUUGCCAUCCGCGGGAAGAGAAAUUCUCGCAGACAAAAAAUGUUGAACCGUACAGAAGUCAAACGGCGCUUUGGCAAGGAAAGUCGGUUGGAAAAGCACAUCGGGAAUGAUCAAAAUCAGUCUACUACGUCUGAUGAUUCUAACAAGCAUAAAUUGUUCAUCCCUACUUAUACGUAUGUGGCUGGAGAGGAUGAUGAUACAGAUAUACCUGAGAGGAUGCAGAUGAUUCAGGACCUGGUAGGAUCUGCAAUUGACAGAAUGAGUCUAGAAGAAGAGUGUUCUUGGAUACUCUGUCAACUAGAAUCCAACAUAAAUCCAUUAUUUAGUGAGGCUAACUCCUGCAGACUAGUCGAUACGGCAAAAAGGGACGAUAUUCUUAGUUUCUUGGAAUUACAUCAUACAAUGAUAUAUGAUAUUCCAUUUAUUGCAAUGUACCGGAAGGAACAAUGCCUUAGUCUUCUAGAAGAUCCAAAAUCGAAUGAUGAAUCAGAAAAUGUAUGUUUGAAAUGGCACAAGAUGCUCUGGAUAGUACAUAAAUUGGAUAAAAAGUGGUUGCUUCUUCAGAAACGGAAGAACCUGCUCAUGGAAUACUACAACAAACAUUUUGAGGAGGAACAUCAACUGUCUUUCCUUGUUGAAGAAUCCAUUUUUCAUAAGCAGAUUUUUGAUUCAAUCACCAAUAUGCUCAAGAAUGCUGAAACAGAGACUGAGGUUGAUGAUAUUGAUAAAAAGUUUAAUUUGCAUUUUCCUCCUGCUGAGGAGCUUUUUGAUGGCGGUUUUAGAAGGCCUAUGACGAAAUCAUUCUAUUACAAUUGCAAUAAGGCAGGGCUUGGGUCACUCGCAAGUAAAUUUGGCAAUCCUGAGAAAUUCAGUGCUCUAGUUACUCUUUCUCAAGUGGGAACAAACACAGAAGAAGAUCCACAGGAAUCUCCAGAGGAGAUUGCUUCAAUGUUCAAGUGUGGAACCUUUCAAACUUCAGAAGCUGUACUUAAAGGGGCCAGACACAUGGCAGCAGUGAUGUUAAGCAGUGAGAUUCCUUUGAGGAAAUACAUGCGCAAAAUAUUUAUGGACAACGCUUUAGUUUCAACUAACCCUACACUAGAAGGAAAUAUAACUAUAGAUUCCUGUCAUGAAUUUGCUGGUGUGAAGUGGUUGCGGGAAAAACCUCUCCCGAAGUUUGAGGAUUCCCAGUGGCUAUUAAUUCAGAAGGCUGAAGAAGAGAAGCUUCUUCAAGUUAAAAUACAAUUGCCUGAUCAUACCAUAAAUGAAUUGACAAUGACCGGUAAUGAUGCCUUUCUCAAAGAUAGUGAAGGAACAUCUACAAGGCUUUGGAAUGAACAGCGUAAAUUAAUCCUGCAGGAUGCCAUUUCAAACUUCAUUUUGCCUUCUAUGGAGAAGGAAGCACGGGAAUUGUUAAAUGCCAAGGCUAAGAACUGGGUAUUGAUGAAUUAUGCAAUGCAAUUGUGGAACAGAGUCUCUGUGGCACCGUAUUUGAAUGAUGUAAGUGGCACUGUACAGCAGAAGGGAGUAAUGGCUUGUUGUUGGGGAAAUGGAAAGCCAGGUACAACAUUUGUCAUGUUGGACUCUGGAGGAAAAUUGGUUGAUGUGAUCCAUGCUCGGUCGCUUACACUACGAUCUCACAAAAUCAUUGACCAGCAGAGCAGGAAAAAUGAUCAACAGUGUUUGCUCAGGUUCUUAACAACAUAUCAACCACAAGUUAUUGUGAUAGGAGCAGCUAAUGCGUCCUGUUUAAGGUUGAGGGAGGACAUCAAUGAGAUUAUUUCCAAGAUCUCAGAGCAGAAUUCUCAAAACCUCAGUCAAGGAAUGAAAGUAAUACCAAAGGUUGUAUUAGGGGAGGAAGGCUUGCCUCGUCUUUAUGAAGAUUCGGAAAUUUCCACUAGCCAGCUUCCAAGACAACACGGCAUUGUCAGGAGAGCUGUGGCUCUUGGACGUUACCUUCUAAACCCACUGGCUAUGGUGGCAACGCUAUGUGGAGUGAAAAAUGAGAUUGUAUCUUGGAAGUUGAAUCCCCUGGAGAAAUUCCUAACAAGUGACGAGAAGUUAGAGAUAAUUGAAUGGAUCAUGACAGAUGUUACAAAUCAAGUAGGCAUAGACAUAAAUUUGGCUGUCAGACAUGACUGGCUGUUGGCUCCUUUGCAGUUUGUUUCUGGUCUUGGACCAAAGAAAGCUGGUAUUUUGUGUAGAGAAUUACUUGGGGGUGUUGAUGUGAGAAAUAGAAGGGAUUUUGCUAAAUUUGCGCUGAACACAGAGAAGGUUUUCUGCAAUGCCGUCGGCUUUUUACGUGUUUCUUGCGAUGAUGUCGCUGACAAUACUCUGGACCGUACAAGAAUUCAUCCAGAGUCGUACAAUCUUUCUGAAGAAUUCGCAAGAGCUGUUUACAGUAAACUUGUUCUGGAAAAUCCGGAAGCUAAUGUUUCUGAAGUGCAUGCAAUUGAAUGUAUUCAAAAUGAUCCAGAACUGCUCAAGAAUUUUGAUUUAAAUGAAUAUGCUGAUAGAUUGGAAAUAGAAAACGGAGAAUACAAAAGGUUUACCCUUUUUGACAUAAAGAUGGAAUUACUCCAUGGUUUUAAAGAUCCUAGAAGGCCUUAUGCGGAACCAACUCAAGAUGAGGAGUUCUAUAUGAUAACUGGAGAAACUGGGGAUGUGUUAAUAGAAGGAAAAAGAGUUCAGGCAACAGUUUAUAAGGUUCUACCUCAACUGGCAUUUUGUGUCCUUCCCUCCGGAAUGGCUGGAGUACUUUUUAAGGACGACUUUUCAGAUGAAACUGAACAUAUCUCAUUAACAGAAAAAUUGUGUGAAGGUGCUGUGCUGGCUUGCAGAAUCAAACUAGUUGAUACGAGCAGAUGCCGGGUCAAUCUGACUUGUAAGAUGAGUGAGUUGAAGAAGGACGGCUACCAAAGAUUCCAAGACAUGGAUCCUUAUUACCAUCCCAUUUCAAUAAGUCAACUGGAGGGAACAGACAAGAUGGAGCUUGGAAAUAAACAUUUCAUGCCCAGGAUGAUUUCUCACCCUAAAUUUCAAAAUAUAACUGCAGACCAAGCCAAACAGUUCCUUGCAGAUCAGGAAGUUGGAGAAUAUAUCUUUCACCCAAGUUCAAGGGGUCUAUGUUAUUUGACCCUAUCUCUUGAAAUUUGUAACGGUGUUUAUGUCCACAAAGACAUCGUGGAAGGUGGAAAGAGUCAAGAUUUAAAAAACUUGCCUAAACUUGGAGGGACAUUAAAAAUAGGACAGGAAACAUUUGAGGACAUAAAUCAGGUUAUUGAACAUUAUGUCAACCCAUUGGUAGUUCAUCUGAAAGCUAUGCUUAAUUUCCGAAAAUUUAAGAAUGGCACAAAAACUGAGGUUGAUGAACUGUUAAAACAUGAGAAAGACGAAUAUCCGAACCGGAUACCAUAUGGCUUUGGCAUUUCGUACGAGCAUCCUGGCACUUUCAUCUUGUCUUACAUUAGAACUACAAAUCCACAUCAUGAGUUUGUGGCUAUCCAUCCAAAAGGGUUCAAGUUUAGGAAACAAAUAUUUGAAAAUAUUGAGCUGCUGGUGGCAUAUUUUCAAAAUCAUAUCAAUGAUAAUGUUGCGGCAGCAAAAUCCAGGAUAAAAGUUGGUUCAGUUAGUGAGUCCGAGUAUGGAGAAUGGAGAAACAACAACGUAGGUCAGCGCUCUGAAUCAAAAGCGUACAUUGAUGGUCGGGGUGGUCGGGGUGGUCGAGCUCGUGGUCCUCAUCGUGGCCGUGGAGACAAUGGACGUGGAUUUGGCCCUAGAUCUGGCUCUAGUGAUGAUUAUGCUGAUGAUUCCUUUGCUGGAGGCAAGAGUUGGGAGGUGAGGGGUUCUGGUGAUGGCAAUGGUGGGAGACAAGGUAGGGGUAGGGGUAGGGGAAGAGGAAGAGGAAGAGGAGGCAGAGGAAGCCAAGGUGAUGGACAAGGACGUGUUCCUUGGGGUGGAAAUAGUAAUGAGAGUGGAAAUCAUGCAAAUGAUGGUGGUUUGGAACAUGGUCAGGAAGAAGGAAGAGGACGAGGAAGAGGGAGAGGGAGAGGACGGGGGAGAGGAAGGAGGGGAAGCCCAGGUAGUAAUGACCAAGGACGUGGUCGUUGGGGUGAAAAUAAUAACCAUAUGGAUAGUGGUUGGGGACAAGGUCCUGAUCCAGGAAGAGGAUGGAGUGGAAGCCAAAGUAGUGGCCAAGGAAGUGGUGGCUGGGGUGGAAAUAACCAUGAGAGUAAGAACCAUGCAGAUUGGGGACAAGGUUCUGACCAAGGAAGAGGAUGGAGUGGAAGCCAAGGUAAUGAUGGUCAAGGAUGUGGUGGUUGGGGUGGAAAUAACAAUGAGAGUAAGAACCAUGCAGAUGGUGACUACAAUGGUGAAGGAAGAGGACGAGGAAGAGGGAGAGGAAGGAGGGGAAGCUCUGGUAGUAAUGACCAAGGACGUGGUGGUUGGGGACUAGGUCCUGAUCAAGGAAGAGGAUGGAGUGGAAGCCAAGGUGGUGGUUGGGGUGGAAAUAGCCAUGAGAGUAAGAACAAUGCAGAUGGUGACUACAGUGAUGCCAAUAAGGAUUGGGGACAAGGUCCUGAUCAAGGAAGAGGAUGGAGUGGAAGCCAAGGUAAUGGGCAAGGACGUGAUGGUUGGGGUGGUAAGAACCAUGCAGAUGGUGACUGCAGUGAUGCCAAUAAGGACUGGGGACAAGGCCCUGAUCAAGGAAGAGGAUGGAGUGGAAGCCAAGGUAAUGGGCAAGGACGUGGUGGUUGGGGUGGUAAGAACCAUGCAGAUGGUGACUACAGUGAUGCCAAUAAGGAUUGGGGACAAGGCCCUGAUCAAGGAAGAGGAUGGAGUGGAAGCCAAGGUAAUGGGCAAGGACGUGGUGGUUGGGGUGGUAAGAACCAUGCAGAUGGUAACUACAGUGAUGCCAAUAAGGAUUGGGGACAAGGUCUUGAUCAAGGAAGAGGAAGCCAAGGUAAUGGGCAAGGACGUGGUGGUUGGGGUGGAAAUAACCAUGAGAGUAAGAACCGUGCAGUUGGUGACUACAUCGAUGUCAAUAAGGAUAGUUGUUGGGAACAAGGUUCUGACCAAGGAAGAGGAUGGAGUGGAAGCCAAGGUAAUGGCCAAAGGCGUGGUCUUUGGGGUGUAAACAACUCAAAAGAAGAGAGGGACGAAGACAUCAGAGGUUGGGAACGAGGUGAUGGUGGAUCUGGAAAUGAGAACAUAGGCUGGGGGAAGAAUACAGCUCCUUCUGGUGAUGGAGGUAGUUGGGGAGGGACAGGGGGUAAAAAAAGAAUUAAUCCCUCUGUUUCUCUUGGAGUCAUCAGUGGCCACUCACUGGCACCAACUAUUGACGUCAUUAUAUGGCCCCACCUAAAGAACUCUGAGCAAAAGAUGGGGUUUGAACCAUUGAAUUGGUACUGCCAGCCAGAAGAAAACAGCAUUUGGGAUAAAACAGUGGAUAGUGCUUUUGGCUCCUAUACACCUUGUGCAAUUAAUACUCUUGUUAUCUCCAUUUCCAAUUUGGUUCUUCUAGGCCUGUGCUUGUAUCGGAUAUGGCUAAUCACUUGCAAUUCUAAGGCUCAGAGGUUUUGUUUGAGAUCAAGUUACUAUAACUAUCUUCUAGGAAUGUUGGCUGCUUAUUGUGCUGCUCAACCUUUGUUGAGAUUGUUAAGUGGAAAAUCAGCUUUCAACCUCAGUGGGGAAACCGGCUUCGCUCCUUUUGAGAUAGCGACACUGGUUGUUGAAACACUUACUUGGAGCUUAAUGAUAACUCUUCUCCUGUUGGAAACAAAGGUUUAUAUCAGAAAUUUUAGAUGGUUGGUGCGGUGUGGAGUUAUAUAUGUUUUGGUGGGAGAUAUUGUAAUGCUUGACCUUCUUCUAUCAGUGAAAGAUUAUUGCAACAGAUCUGCUCUGUUUCUGUACAUUAGCAGUGUCAUCUGCCAGGUGUUGUUUGGUGCCUUACUUUUUGUUUAUAUUCCUAAUUUGGUUCCUUAUUCUGAUCCCACAACAAUGCAAACUGAUCCACCUGACCAUGGUGAAUAUGAACCUCUUUGUGAAGAAGAUCGAGUUUUCCCCGAGAGGCAAGCCAAUGUAUUCUCUAGUGAGUAG